AACAAACAUGGCGGCGGGAGGCGGCUAACGGCUAACCGAAGAGAAGAACAGGGAGUCCUCUGCAGCCGUUUUAAUUUAGAGGCGGGUUUUUAAAAAAACAUUACAGUAAUAUUUGCUUUCUCUUUAUCUAAAGAUGGAGUCUGACUCGUUUCCAGAGGAGGUUUCUGAGAGGAAAGUGUGUGUUGUCGGGUCGGAGUUGGUGGAAAACUACACUGUCUACAUCAUCGAGGUGUCGGAUGGAGAGCACAGAUGGUCUGUGAAGCACCGCUACAGCGACUUCCACGACCUCCACGAGAAGCUGACAGCAGAGAAGAAGGUGGACCGACGACUGCUUCCUCCAAAGAAGAUUUUGGGGAAGAACUCAAAGAGUCUGGUGGAGCGGCGGCAGAAAGAGCUGGAGCUUUACUUGCAGACGCUGCUGCAACAGUUUCCACAGGCCACGCCCACUCCGCUCGCCUGCUUCCUGCACUUUCACCUCUAUGAGAUCAACGGCAUCACAGCAGCUCUGGCUGAGGAGUUGUUUCAUAAAGGUGAGCAACUGCUGCAGGCCGGCGAAGUGUUUUGUCUCCGUCCUCUGCAGCUUUACUCCGUCUCCCAGCAGCUACGUCUAGCCAAACCAACCUGCUGCAAUGGAGACGCCAAAACCGACCUGGGACACAUCCUCGACUUCACCUGCAGGCUGCGAUACCUCAAGAUGUGUGGCACCAGAGGUCCAGUUGGAACCAGUAACAUCGAGGAGAGCAGCCUCCCCUUCGACCUGUCUGUUUUUAAAUCACUGCUGCAGAUAGAGAUCAGUGAGUGCAGCUCUCAGCAGAUUCAAGGUCUUUCGUCUCUGAGGUCGAGUCUGGCAACUCUGAGUAUCCACCACUCCACGGAAACUAUGAUGUCGAUCCUGGUCCCGGAGGCGAGUGAGUUCUCUCAGUGGGAGGCUGAGGGGGCGGAGUCUGGUUGUCCCGUCACCGCUGUCAUCCCCGUAUGGAAGAACUUGACCACGCUGGACAUGAGCCACAACAGCAUCAGCGCCAUUGACAGCUCAGUGAAACUGAUUCCUAAAGUGGAGUUUCUGGAUCUGAGCCACAACCAGCUGACAACAGUGGAAAACCUUCAGCACUUGUACAAUUUGGUCCACGUGGAUCUGUCCUAUAACAGCCUGCGGGUCCUGGAAGCUGCUCACACUCGUCUGGGUAACAUCAAAACCUUAAGCCUGGCUGGAAACCAGCUGGACCAACUGACUGGCCUCACCAAGCUUUAUUCACUGGUCAACCUGGACCUCAGCCACAACCAGCUGGCUCAGUUGGAGGAGAUCAGGAACAUCGGCUCUCUGCCCUGUCUGGAGAAACUCAACCUGUCCAGUAACCCCAUGUGCAUCAUCCCAGACUACAGAACCAAAGUCCUGGCCCAGUUUGGAGACCGUGCAUCAGAGGUUUGUUUGGACGGUAAUGUGACGACAGAGAAGGAGCUGGACACAGUGGAAGUGUUGAAAGCCAUUCAGAAAGCCAAAGAAGUCAAAGACAGGAUGAGCAGCAGCGACAAGAAGAUCAGUGAGGAGACCAGGUUGUCUGCUGCUGCACCUCCUCACCUCUCCUCCUCCUCUCCCCCCUCUUCUUCUUCCUGCUGCUCUUCUACUGUUGCUCCUCCUGCUGUUACCUCCUCUUCCUCUUCCUCCUCUUCCUGUCCGGCCCAGCAGGCUGCCUGCCCCAGCCAAGAUGUGACGAGCAGAGAAGAAGCCGCAGUCCCCCCCAGUGUCCUCCCUCCUGUGGAUGCUGCACUUCCCCCCGCAAGCUUUAACACUGAUACACACCUCCCGUCUGCUCCCCCCGCCCAGGAACAACAACCUGCUGUCAGUCUGUCCGAACACGUACACCCUGGAUCUCCGAUAAACAGUACUAGAACUGCCACAACGACUACAAAUACUGUCUGUUGUGUCUGCUCCUCUUCCUCCUCCAGACCUGUUGAAACUACCUGCGUCUCCUGCAGCACAGCCUGGUGUCCUCUGCUUCCUUCUCACCUGCUCUCCCUCUCCGAAUCCAACAAAGACUUCAUUUCCCAGCUCUCCCAGCAUCUCAGCUCCAUCCUGAAGGCACAGAAAGGGAAGAAAGAGGAGGAAGAGAAGGAGGAGGAGAGGGAGGAAGAGAGGAGGUCCGAGUCCAAAGAGGUUCAGUCCCAAGUGGAGAGCACCGAUGUUGGAAGUCCCAGUCCAGGCUCCAGGGACGGAUACUUCGAGAUGGGUCUUGACGACUCCGUUGAAGAGUCUGUCUGCUCGUCCUCCUCCACGUCACUCGCUGUUCCUCCUGCAGAGGAGCCUGGCGGCCACCAGGAGGAGCUGUGUGCAGAGGAGGAGGAGGAGGAAGAGGAGGAGAAGGAGGUGCAGAUCAGAAGGGUUCUGUGGUGCUACUGUCUUCAGGUGAAGGAGGAGGCGGAGCAGAGGAGGGCGUGUCUGGUGCUGACGGACCGUGUGUUGGGCCUGCUGUACCUGUCAGAUGAUUGCACAUGGACCAAUCAGGAUGCAGACCAGGAGCAGAGUCCGCCUGUGGAGGAGGUGCUGUCCAGGCUGCAGGUGGAGCUCCUGCUGUCGUACUCCGAGCUCCUGCUCUCCUCCUCGGCUGAGCUCCCUGACUCCUGCCUCGCCUUUGGCCUCCAAGCCAGUCCGACCUGCUGGUACAUCUUCUCUGAGGCUGAGGAGCUCCGACAGACCAGGAGCGAGCUUACGGUGCUGAUCCAGGCGGUGAAGUCUCAGAGCAACCCGGAGCCCCCCAGCGAUCCUCAGCUCUUCCCCCGCACGCUUAUCAACUCCUGGGAGCUGGAGGAGAGUCAGGGAGCACAGGGAGGCUAUCUUGCUCUCCUUCUUACCCCCUCCUCCUCCUCUGCCCCGGACACACACCCCCUCCUGUCAGACAUCCUCUCCAAGACAGAGGACCCCAGCCUCCCGUCCCUCCUCUUCCUCACCCACCGACACCUCUGGGUGCUGAAGAUGGACUUCAGAGAGCUGGCAGAAAGAGAGAGGAGGAGGAGUGCUGACCUGCAUCACUCCUCCUCCUCUUCUUCUUCCUCCUCCUGGAGCAGGCUGGUCCGUGUGCCCCUCGGCUCCGUAGAGCUUCAUCCCAGAGAGAGAGCUUCUCAGGUCGGAGACAAAACCAGCAACACCUCCUGCCCCGACCCAAAACACCACCACAGGAGGAGUCACACUGUGGAGCUGCUGCUGGGUGGUCAGAGGCUGCUGCUGCUCUUCCCUCUGGCCCAGAACAGGAGCUCCUUCCUGGGGGAGCUGAGCCAGCGGAGAGCCUCUCUGGAGGGGCUGAAGAUGGUGGCUCUGCCUCUGCCGUGCAGGCCGUGUCCACAGCAGGGGCAACACACACAAGGCCGUCACAGAUCCAGAGACCAGUGCUGUUGUACCAGUACGAGGAAAUCACACAGCAACAGCAGCUGGGACUCCUCCCGCCUCCAGGUAGAGGAGAACCAGCCGUCCCCCCACCUCAACCCAGGUCUCUCCUCAGGUCUGAAGCUCUUGGCUGGGCUCGGAGAACAGCAGCUGCUGGCCUACUUUCACAAAUAUAUAGCAGUGUCUGAGGCGGAGGAGGUGAGACAGGUGUUGUGGCUGUCUGUGGUUCUCUACAAGUCUCCAGAGUCUGAGCUCACCUGCUGUCUGCUGCUCUCCACUGAUACAAUCUACUUCCUGUUGGAAGACUCCGCCUUUACGCUCGGUCAUCACUCAGUGUUGGAAAUAACGGAGUCUGGAGAUCCGGACAUCUGUCUGUGCUGCUGUCUGUCCAUCAGGCUGUCUGAUCUGCUGUCUGUCAACGUGGGACUGUUCGACCAGUACUUCAGAGUCGUAGGUCGCUCGGCCGAUCAGAUCGUGUGCUGUCUUAGCAGGGACAGUUAUGGGACGGGUGUCUUCCUUCAGGAGCUGAUGUCUGCUCUGAGUCUGCAGCAGCAGCUUCCUCCUCCAGAGCCGUCAGAUCAGGACUUCUACUCCCAGUUCACCAACACAAACACUGGUAAGAUGCAGAACUACGAGCUGGUGCACAGCAGCAGGGUGAAGUUCAUUUAUCCCAGUGAGGAGGAGAUGGGAGACCUGACCUUCAUCGUGGCAGAGAGGAAGACUCCAGCCAGUGCAGCGUCGUCAUCCUCGCGCUCAUUUAACGUCCUGCUGUACCUGUUGGUCUUCCAGGUCCAGAUCCCGAGCGCUCAGCCCAGCCAAGGCUCAGCUCUCUCAGGCCACUCCUCUUCAGUUUCUGGCUCCGGCCCGUCUCCGGUUCUCCAGCCCAGGACUCUGAUCCUGACCAGCACCGACGUGUUCCUGUUGGACGAGGACUACGUCAGCUAUCCUCUGCCCGACUUCGCCAAAGAACCUCCCUCCAGGGAGCGGUAUCAGCUGCGUGAGGCUCGGAGGAUCCGGGACCUGGACCGGGUCCUGCUGGGGUACCAGACUUACCCUCAGGCUCUGACCCUGGUGUUCGAUGACCUGCCCGGCCCCGACCUGCUCUGCCACCUCACCAUGGACCACUUUGCCGCCACAGGAGAGGAACCCCCGUCCAGAGGGGGUGGAGCCAGCAGUGGCGCAGAGGGUGAGGUCCAGUGGUGCGUCUUUGUCCCGGGAGCUGACAGCAGGGAGAGGCUGAUCUCUCUCCUCGCUCGCCAGUGGGAGGCGCUGUGCAGCCGGGAACUUCCUGUGGAGCUCACUGGCUGAUUGGUUGAUGACAGAUCGAUGGACGACUGAUCCGCACCGAGUUCGCUGUUGGGAGCUGAUUGAUGGGCGGAGUCAUCAAAUGAUCGGGAAAAUUUCCAUCCAGAUUUAGAGCUUGGUUGGCUGUUUAAAGGCCUCAAUAUGCUUCAAAGGAAGAAGUUUGUACAAAGUGUUGUCGAACACGUUUAAGGACAAAGCUUUUUCAGCUGCUCUAAACGGCCUCGCUAAAAGACACUCUGUCGUCAUAGAAACGGGCGAGAUGCCAUGAAUCCAUCAGAUGGGGAUAAAGACGCAUACAUUCAGUCUCUCCUUGAUAACAUUCAGCGUGUUGCCAUUGGUUGUUUUCAUGAAAAGUUACAGAGAUAGUUGCUUGAGAGAGAAGUUUAGCUUCACACUCCAAACCAAUCUCAUCAUCUCUCCGUAAACACACCAGAGAAAACAAAUAGGGACGUUUUACCGUGACGUCACAUUAUGUUGCAGCAAAAGGCGAACCAGGUCAAACGUUACAUUGGUCUCACUUUGGCAUCCUUAUUUAAAUUAGGCUUCAAGAAAUCAAUGAAGAUGCCUCAGUAUCAUGGAUAUAUAAAGAGAACUGGAUACAGUGUCAGAGGCAGGGCGCUGUUUAUUCCUAUGAAAGUUUCUCAGUGGCGCAUGAAGCCAAAAAGGUUCAAUUUCGAUGUGAAAAUUUCGAUGUGCUCAUGGUUUGAUCCAUAGAGCAGGUGCACUAGAGACUCUCAUCAGCCAAGUUGACUACUUGCGGGUUAGCGCUCUGCUAACUUAAGUUUGGAUAAAAUAAUUGAAUCUUGCGGCUCUUCUAGACUUUUGAAAUGUUAUCGCACUGAAUGGAUCAAAUUUUGAUAGUGAACAUGUCAUUGUGUGGGGUUGUGGUGUUCAAAGAUAUGUACCUCGUGAUCUACAGACGUCUGUUUCCCAAUAUAAGUCUAGGGGAAAAAGUCUUUUGUGUCCAAUGGCCUCACGGCAGACUCAGAAGUUGUAGUUUCACGGUUUGGCCACGAUGUGAAAUCGGCUGUUUCUGGGCGUUUGCUCAGCAUGCCUCAAAGGAACUAGUUAGUUUGCGUUUAUCCUCAUUCUGUAUGUCCACACUUAAAAGUGGGGUGAAAAGCUCGCUGUCAUACUUGGAUCGCGAUGACAUCCCACUUCCUCCUCACUCUCUCUCCAACAACUGUGUCUUUUGCGUGUCCUUGUUAUCUUGACGUCACAAAUUUAUCAAAUGGGGACAGUACACUGAGAUCGCUCUAUAGAGCCGCUACCAAGUCCCUUCUUUAUGCCGCCUUUGCAUUUUUACACAGAAUUUAACAACUGCAGCUGCUCCCGCUGUGAUUUUAGACAGAAGCAACAGAGGUUUGAGGGGCGUGACGUGUAUCAGAGCAGCAUCUGCCUCUAGAGUGACAAAUAACAUAUUUGUCCAGCUGUUUCUAAACAGCUCAUCCCUGUUAUAUGGCGGCUGAUCUCGUCCCCCGCCGGAGGAUAAGGAGCUCCCGAAUCUCGCUCUUUUCCCAAUUUAUGGAUGCUAUUCUUCCUCGAGUUCGCUGUGAACUGCUGUCAAAACAUCACGCCCAUAAUUCCGUCUGGCCGGCCGUCCCAUUUAUAUAGACUUUGAUUGGGCCCUGUUACUACCUCCGCUGCCGGCUCAAAGGCGAGACAACUCUGUCCACUCA